AUGCUGAUAGUGGACUGGCAGCCUCCAUUUGCAUGUGAUGUUGAUAAACUUCACUUUACUCCGAGGAUCCAGAGACUCAAUGAACUAGAGGCUCAGACCCGUGUAAAGCUGAACUUCCUGGACCAGAUUGCAAAGUUUUGGGAACUUCAAGGAUGCACACUGAAAAUUCCACAUGUGGAGAGGAAGAUCUUGGAUUUAUUUCAGCUUAAUAGGCUAGUUGCAGAAGAAGGAGGGUUUGAUGUAGUUUGCAAAGAGAGAAAAUGGACCAAGAUAGCCACCAGAAUGGGAUUUGCUCCUGGCAAAGCAGUGGGUUCCCACAUCCGUGCACAUUAUGAACGUAUUCUCUAUCCUUACAACUUAUUCCAGUCUGGAGCUAGCCUGCUGUGUUUGCAGAAGCCAGACCUCACCAGUGACACGAAGGACAAGGAAUAUAAGCCUCAUGAUAUUCCACAGAGACAGUCUGUUCAGCCAUCUGAAACUUGUCCACCUGCUCGUCGAGCAAAACGCCUGAGAGCAGAGGCUACCAAUAUUAAAACUGAAUCUGAACCUCCAGAAGCCAGAACUCACAAUCUGAGACGUAGAAUGGGAUGUGCACCUCCAAAGUGUGAAAAUGAAAAGGAAAUGCAUAGCACAGUGAAACUUCCUGAGAAGAGAGAACAAACUGGGGAGCCAGAGAAAGACAAAUCCAAAGUCCGGUCUAAAAAACCCACUAGUGCUGUGGAUUUGUAUGUAUGUCUCUUAUGUGGCAGUGGUAAUGAUGAGGACCGACUCCUGUUGUGUGAUGGCUGUGAUGACAGUUACCAUACUUUUUGUUUAAUUCCACCCCUUCAUGAUGUUCCCAAAGGGGACUGGAGGUGUCCCCAGUGUCUGGCUCAGGAAUGUAAUAAACCUCAAGAAGCAUUUGGCUUUGAACAAGCGGCAAGAGACUAUACGCUUCGCACGUUUGGAGAAAUGGCAGAUGCAUUCAAGUCGGACUACUUUAACAUGCCAGUACAUAUGGUCCCCACAGAGCUGGUUGAAAAAGAAUUUUGGCGACUCGUUAGUACCAUUGAAGAGGAUGUCACAGUGGAAUAUGGAGCUGAUAUUGCUUCAAAGGAGUUUGGCAGUGGCUUUCCAGUUAGAGAUGGGAAAUUUAAACUUAGACCAGAAGAAGAGGAGUACCUGGAUAGUGGCUGGAAUUUGAACAACAUGCCUGUAAUGGAGCAGUCUGUUCUUGCUCACAUCACUGCAGACAUAUGUGGGAUGAAAUUACCCUGGCUAUAUGUAGGAAUGUGCUUUUCUUCAUUUUGUUGGCAUAUUGAAGACCACUGGAGCUAUUCAAUUAACUACCUGCAUUGGGGGGAGCCUAAAACGUGGUAUGGAGCCCCAGGGUAUGCAGCUGAACAGCUGGAGGAUGUAAUGAAGAAGCUUGCUCCAGAGCUAUUUGAAUCUCAGCCAGAUCUCUUGCACCAACUUGUCACCAUAAUGAACCCGAAUACUUUGAUGGCCCACGGAGUACCUGUUUAUCGAACCAAUCAGUGUGCUGGAGAAUUUGUCAUCACUUUUCCAAGAGCUUAUCACAGUGGCUUCAAUCAGGGUUUCAAUUUUGCUGAAGCUGUGAACUUCUGCACAGUUGACUGGUUACCGUUGGGUCGCCAAUGCGUGGAACAUUAUCGUCUGCUAAACCGUUACUGUGUGUUUUCUCAUGAUGAGAUGAUAUGUAAAAUGGCUUCCAAAGCAGAUGUUCUUGAUGUUGUGGUAGCAUCUACUGUUCAGAAAGACAUGGCGAUUAUGAUUGAAGAUGAGAAGAAGUUGCGUGAGAGGGUUCAUAAACUGGGAGUGACUGACUCAGAGCAAGUGGCUUUUGAGUUGUUUCCUGAUGAUGAGCGACAGUGUUUAAAGUGUAAAACCACUUGUUUCAUGUCUGCUGUUUAUUGUUCAUGUAAACCUGGGUUACUUGUAUGCCUGUAUCAUGUAGAAGAUCUCUGUUCCUGUCCCACCUACAAAUAUAAGUUGGGGUACCGGUACGUUCUGGAGGAUCUCUAUCCAAUGAUGAAUGCGCUGAAGUUGCGUGCAGAAUCAUACAACGAAUGGGCUUCCAAUGUUAAUGAAGCUUUGGAGGCAAAAAUUAACAAUAAAAGAAGUCUCAUCAGUUUUAAAGCUUUGAUAGAAGAAUCAGAAAUGAAAAAGUUUCCGGACAAUGAUCUACUGCGACACCUCAGACUAGUUACGCAGGAUGCAGAUAAAUGUGCUUCAGUUGCACAGCAGCUUCUUAAUGGCAAAAGACAAACCAGGUACCGCUCUGGCGGAGGAAAAUCUCAGAAUCAGCUGACUGUGAAUGAGCUGCGGUUGUUUGUAAGACAGCUGUAUGCUCUACCCUGUGUCCUCAGUCAGACACCAUUACUGAAGGAUCUUCUUGAUCGCGUGGAAGCUUUCCAACAACAUAGCCAAAAACUCCUCUCUGAAGAAAUGCCUAGCGCUGCAGAACUUCAGGAGCUGUUAGAUGUCAGCUUUGACUUUGAUGUUGAUCUUCCCCAACUUGCUGAACUGCGGAUACGUCUGGAACAGGCGCGCUGGCUAGAGGAUGUGCAGCUGGCUUCUUCAGACCACAACUCCCUUACUCUAGAUGAUAUGAGGCGUCUUAUAGAUUCAGGUGUUGGAUUGGCUCCCUACCCAGCAGUUGAGAAAGCAAUGGCAAAGCUACAAGAGCUCCUUACUGUAUCUGAACACUGGGAUGACAAAGCCAGAAAUCUGUUAAAGGCCAGACCACGGCAGUCCCUGAGCAGUCUCGUAGCAGCAGUGAGAGAGAUAGAGGAGAUUCCAGCCUAUCUCCCAAAUGGUGUUGCACUGAAAGACACGGUACAGAAGGCCAAAGAUUGGUUGCAAGAAGUGGAAGCGUUGCAGGUUGGAGGACGUGUACCUGUGCUAGACACACUUGUGGAACUUGUCACAAGAGGUCGAUCUAUUCCAGUCCAUCUGGACUAUUUACCAAGGCUUGAGUCCUUGGUGUCAGAAGUUAAAGCGUGGAAGGAAUGUGCAGCUAAUACGUUUCUGUAUGAGAACUCCCCUUACUCUCUUCUGGAGGUGUUAUGUCCCCGAUGUGAUAUUGGAAUGUUGAAUCUUAAAAGAAAGCAGAAGAAGUUAAAGGAGCCAAUGCCAAGUGGAAAGAAAAAAAGCACUAAGCUAGAGAGUCUGAGUGACUUGGAAAGAGCUCUCUCUGAGAGCAAAGAUACUGCAUCGGCGAUGGCUACGCUUGGGGAAGCCCGAUUAAAGGAGAUGGAAGCGUUGCGUUCUCUCCGAGCAGCAAAUGAAGUAAAGGCGCUGUCUAAUGAAGAGGAUGCAGAAAUGCGAGUCUGUCUAUGCCAGAAAGAGCCGGCUGCUCCAAUGAUACAGUGUGAACUCUGCAGAGGGUUCUUUCAUACCAGCUGUGUUUCAGUGCCCAACACUUUGCAGGGACCUCGUGUGUGGCUCUGUCCACACUGUCAUCGAUCAGAAAAGCCACCUUUAGAGAAAAUCCUACCAUUGCUGGCCUCCUUGCAGCGUAUUCGUGUAAGGCUUCCUGAGGGGGAUGCUUUACGGUAUAUGAUAGAGAGAACUGUGAACUGGCAGCACAGAGCACAACAAAUGUUAUAUUCAGGGAAUCUAAAAUUCAUACAAGACAAAGUUGGCUCAGGAUUAUUGUACAACAGAUGGCAAGCCACAGCAGGCCAAUUGCCAGAGACAAAUAAGGUUUCCCAGACAAUUGGAGCUAUGUCUUUCUCCAUGCCUCGUGACUGGGAUAAUAGAACCAUAUACUUACAUUCUUCUUUUUCUACAGGACAGCACUGCAUCCCCCUUCAUGUCAUUAGCACAGAGCUGGAUGAGUUGAUGAUGGAAGCCCAGCUGCUACAGGUUUCUCUGCCUGAAAUACAGGAGCUGUACCAGAUCCUAUUCACAAAGCAAAGCCCUGUUCUGCAAACAGAGCAGAGGUCAUCAGUUGGCCCAGCAAAUGAAAAGAAUGAGUGCUGCCGAGGGAAAAAGGAUGGAAUUAGUUACAUGGAGAGAAAACUAAAAAGGCGUUUUGAAAGAGAGAGCUUCUGUGAUGAGAAGAGAGCAAGGGUAAAACAAAUGAGAACACCAAAAAAGAAGAAACUGAAACUGAAUCACUCAAAAGAUCUCUGCAAUAACAGACUGGAGAGAGAGCGGGAGCGUCUUUUUGAGAUGCAGCGUUCCAGUGAAAGCCACUUGUUUCCUUCAGAUAUGUCAUUCUCUGAGCAGGAGGACUCCGAGGAUGAAGAUGCCAUCUGCCCUGCUGUAAACUGUCUCCAGCCUGAGGGAGAUGAGGUGGAUUGGGUCCAGUGCGAUGGCAGCUGCAACCAGUGGUUCCACCAGGUGUGUGUGGGCAUCUCUCCGGAAAUGGCAGAGAAAGAAGACUACAUCUGCAUCAGCUGCACUGGGAAGGACUCUCAAUAUCGGAAGUAAAGCCCCCCAUAAAACAUUCAGGACUUGAGUAAAGAAGGUUAUCAGAGUUUCUCCGUAAAGCCACAGGGGCUGGCUUAAGAGCCAGACUGAAAAUGGUGCUACUUCUAUCCUCAUGGGAUCAUUUUCCAGAACUCAGAAUAAUUUUUGACACUUUUGUAUUUUCCCUUGAUCUGUUUGUGGUUGUUGAGGUUUGAAAUGCUGACUGUUUAGCAGGGGUUUCCACCAAUUUGGAAGGCAUUUGAAACAUGCACCUUUUAUUGUACAGCAUUAAAUUACCUCUCUGGGAUUUACCGGCAUAUUUAAUUCAGCUUGGUUUAGGUGCAAAAAAAACUGCACCAUGAAUUUUCCAAUAAAUCCUCUUUUGAGGAAAUCCCUGUUUACUCUGUUAACUCUUUGGAGACUUUAGUUUUUUUCCACUUUGUUUUUUUGUAGACUAGGUUUAUUUAUCUGAGCAAUAACUUCUAUGUCUGGUUUCAGUGACUGGAAUGACAAUUCUGAACAGCGUGUUGCUUUUAGCAUUGGUUGAUGUACAGAAAGCAAAUGUUAGAUCCUAGUGUCACUGAUGGCCCGGUGAUGUAGAAGACAGAAAAAGCUCUGUAAAGUAAUUGCCACAGCUGUAUUUUGGCUUUCUCCUUUUUUGGGUAGCUUGUAUCAAAUGUUGCAGUUUAUAUUGUGGAAUAAACCCCUGGUUAUGUUAUAAAAUUAAAUGUUGGUGUUUUUAGAGAGCUCAAAAUGCAGUUUCAUUUCCCUCUUGAUUGCAUUGAUGGAUUCUCAUACUCAAGAGAAAUCCCUCUUUAAAAAAAAAAAAAAUCCCUAAAGGCAAAAGCCAUGAUAUUUGCUUACCUUACUCAUAUUCAGGUUUGGGAGGAGAAAGCAGAUCAAAAUCUUACUCACACCAAAAGUACUUUUUAAAGUCUUCUUCAAAGCUUUUGCUAAAUUGAAAUUAUUUACAGAUUGGGUAAUAAAGGGUCAAAACUAGGAUUUGUGUUUUGGGGAAACUCACCUGGGAGGGGAAAGUGUGCGGCAGCUGCUUUUGUCAGCUUUUUCCAGUUGACCUCUAAAGGAAGGACUUUCCACCAGCUCGUUCAGCAGAGCACCUGCUAGUGGUCCACGGAGCGCUGCCUGGCCACAUGCAGCUUCCUUUCAGCUGUUUUUGCUUGCAUUCAGCUAAGAGAAUGAGGAAAUCUCUAGAGAGGUUAUGAUUCUAUCAAAGACUGCACUUAGGGACCAUAAGCAAGGAGGGAAGAAGUGGGGGUGCAGCUGAUGGCAGUAAAAUGAGAAUGUCCUGAGGGGAAGGGAAUAAAAUAGCCAAAUGGUUCAUGUCUGGGUGCUCAGUGGUGCCCAGAGGAAGAGAACAGGCACAAGAAAUGGACAAAAGCAGUGUGUCAGCAGAGGAGUUGGGAGCACAGGAAAAGAGCAGCAGCGGUUCUGUAUCAGAGAGGGACUAGACCUUUGAGGAGAAGUGGUUAUUUCUUUCUUUCAACAUGGGCUACACUGUAAAUACACAGAAUAUAAUCACUUCUUUUAAAGUGGACUGGUGCCAAUGAUGUGGCCCUCCAUUGCCUACCAAAGACAUAACAUCUAAAGCAGUAGAAGAUGGGAGAUUUUUGUAUCGGAGAGAGCGUUCUCCUUAUGAUGUCCUGUCAUCACCAAAAACGUGGCAGUUCUGGUGUUCCCUCAGUUCCUGAUCAAAAGGGAAAUUGCUAGUAAUUUUAUCUCUGCCAAUUUUGGAUCUUUUCCAUGAGCCGGAAGCAUGCAGAUCAAUUGACUUUCUGGGUAUACUGCAAAGCCUUCGUGCAGUAUAUGGCUGAUAGUGACAAGUGGUGGAACUCUGUGUGGAAUAAGAACUGUGUAAGAAUUAGAUUUUUCAGGGUUUUUGAGUGCUUCUUAGGCUUUUUAAGUCUCAUGUUGAUUUUUAACUAACUGUAGAGAGCAUCUUCAGCCAAGCAUAGAUGAUUUGUCUGAAAUGAAUGGUGGGGGGGAGGGGGGAAGACAACAUGACCACAGUUACAACGUUAAAUUAGUUAAAUGUGCACAUGCUUUCAUAUUAGAACUUCUCUGUAUUAUUUACUGUAAAUACCAAAAGGAUGUUAUGUGAUCUUGGUUGGAUGGAGUCUUUGUGCAACACUAAGGUAACAGUCCAAGCUGUGGAAAAAAACUGAUCGGUAAUAUCUGCCUUUCAAAGGGGGCAAAUGAACAAAGUUAAAAAAGAGUUUGCACAGUGUUCUGAUGUAGCUGAAAAUUUUACAAAAUUUUCUCUCACGGUAUUCCUUUUAUUUCUGUUGAAGAAAUGCCUGUUUACCAAAAAGUGUUAGAGCAAAUAUGCUGCAGUUCAUUUUAGGAUUAUGAUUCACCAUAGGACCAAGGGAAAGCUGUGAGGUCUUUUGGGCUUUUGAGGCAAAGGAAACCUUCGCGAUCCUGACUGCAUAAUUCUUCGUCAAGAUUAACGUGUGGUAGAAUUACAGUGUAAUGUUUUGUAAGUUACUACAUCUUUUCUUUAAAAUUUUCAAGGAAUGGAAAACUUAGUCCCUGGGUAACCUGUGCCAAUAUACAGGGUAUAUUCUUAAAGACUGGCAUCUUACUUCCUGGUAGAAUUCAGGCGUGGGAUUCUUGCCUCCCCAAGAACUGGUGGCUGGAAGUUACUGUGGAAGUAGUAGCGCCUCCUGUGCCGCAAGGCCACUUCCCCAUGUGGAUGCUUAAAACUUGAUUAGGUCAUUUUUUGACUGUGUUGAACUAAACGAGUAAGAGAUUGGCUUUUUCCUUCGAGGUGGGCUCUUCUUUUGAGUGUCCUUUGCGUGUCCCUCCUCAGCGGAGAUGCCAGUCAUGGCAGAGCGCUUGCAGCAGCAGGGCCUCUUCGGGGCUAUCAGCUGUCCCUGUCACCCCUCCUCUUGCCUGUUCUAAAAUUCCUGAGGAUAAACCAAAACAAAAAAAGAAAGGAUCUCCCCACGCUGCUCUGCUCCCUUUGCUUUUUAGAAUGAAGCAACUAGAUACAUGAAUCUCCUUGGCUCCCUCAGGUCCUAAUAUUUUAAUAAGAAUAGUGAUUCACCAUAGCCUAGGUUAUGGCUUGUAGAGGAGUUUAACCAUAAAAUAGAUGGGACAAAAAUGCGAAUUUGAGGCAGAAAAAUAGGACUUUAUUUAAAGGCUUCCUGUUCCAUUCUUCAGAAGCUGGGGUCGUAUCCAUCGUGCUGCUCCAUGUGCAUUUUUUCAUGCCACAUGAAGAGUACCAGAACAGGCUAACACAUGCCCUGUUGUAUCACACUGUUUUGGUCACAAGGUCCUUCAAACACGAUGCCAGUAAGAUACUUGACCUCAAGGAGAGGCGAGCGUUUGGCUCCACGUAUUUAAAAUGAAGACCAUGGCACUGAAGGCAUUGGUGCCCAGUUCCAGGACCUGGUUGCAAGGUUCCUAAAUUGUUUGAAUUGGACUUUCUAGCACUGAAAGAAGAACCAUCUGUGGGGCAGGUCUUUGGCCCUGGCCCUCUAGGCUAAAGUACCAGAGCUGGCUUUGCUAUCUUCAGAAGACAGGCAGUUUUGAAGGAAGCUUGGAAUCAAUGGUAACCAAACUGGUCACUGCAUACCUAGAUUCAUGGCAGCGGCUGGGUAUAGGCAUGGAUCUGCAGCCUUAGAUCUUUGCAGAAUGCUGCUUCUGAAGGUGACAAAACAGAUUUUAGGACAGUUGUCAUACGUCAAUGCUUCCUAAAUGAAGGUGUCAGAAGUGGAGCUGGUUUCCUUCAAACUCUUCCCUUCUACUACCUAACGCACCAUCUGGUUUCUCCACGCAGAUAAUUGCAUACACAUUAUUUAUUUUCCACAGGCAGCAAACAUUGUUGGAAUUUAGCUAUUGGCGUGACCAGUGGUUAGCCUUACUGGCCACUAGCAAAGAUGGAAAUCUGUGGAACAAAGCAUAUUGGGGAAAAGAGCAUGCCAAGGAUUUGGUGCAAAUUCCUUCCUGUCUUAAAAUAAACAACAAAAUAAUCCAGUCCUUCCCUUUCCCAGCAUCUUCUGGGUGAUGGUCCAUGCUGAAAAUGCUUCUUUGGGGUGGGGAAGACAGGAAAGGUACAAAUAUUUAGUGGUUAAAAUGAGUUCCAGAUACAGAAAAGGACAUAAUUUCUUAUAAACAAUACAUGAAUCCCCGAUAUUUCAUAUUCCAGUUGAAACUAGGGGAUAUAAAUGGAAUUCAUUCAGGGAGGGGAAUGUUCCCUUUACAGCUGUGGAGUCAUGUGUUUGCACGUUAAAUGUCACUAAGGAAAAAACAACCGAAAUAUCUCCUUUGUGCAUCGCAGUGAUUUGUUACUCCAUCCCAAGGAUGGGGAUAAGCGGGUCUAAUACUGAUUAAAUGCAUAUAUAUUCAUAUUAACAAUGAAAUAAAUGCAGUUAAUUUUGCAGAAUGACACAAAAACUGUUUUCUAUUACAGCUGACUGUGAUGCAUGGAGCAUUGUUCAAAUAUUAGCGUAUUUCAGGGAAAAGGGAGUUACAGUGAGGGACUUCAGCUGUAGGCCAGUUUCCUGGCAGGGCAGACAAAAGAUCAGCGAAGAACAAGAGCAACAACAAAUGUUGCAGUUGCUGUUUCUGCCAGCAGGAGAGAUGUGUAUGUAGGACAGGAACACACUUUUCACAUGUUUCAGGCAGGGAAUGUCUCCAGAACAUACAGGGAGGAAGCAGCUACCUGGAAGCAAAAUUAAGAAGUCGAGAUGACUCUUCAGUCCUGUGAUCUGGAAAUAAAUAUAAUUUUCCAAGAGAAGGGUUGAGGUACAGCCCUGAAAAAUAGCUUUAUCCUAUGUUCAGGAGAAAUGAAAAAGCCACGUUUAGAGAGUUGUCCUCUAGGAUGUAAAUACAUCAGUCUUUGGAGGCGACAGUCCCACACCAAGAAGAGAAUAAAAACUAGAUGUAGAACAGGAGAUAAAGCAGUCACACUAGGUUAAUAAUCCCCGAGGUUGAACAUAUAGCUUCUAUGUGAGACAAACAAAAAUGGAACAUGAGCAUCAGUGGGUUCCAGUAAAAAGAACUUGGGUAGAACAAGCAGAUGUUUUAUGAAGAAAACAAAGGAGUACGAGAUACGCUUCUGGUUCCAAAAUUCAAAGUGAAGCGAGGAAUGUUUGCUUAAAUAUGGUUGGAAAGAAACAUUGACAUACCCCCAAAUAAAAAAAAAAAAAGUGCAGCGUCAUCUGUAUAUGAAAGCACCUGACGUAUCUCAAAUUUUCCAAGUUCUGAAAUGUUUGUCAAACCUACUACUUGCAGUAAUGUUUUUAAAGGUCCUUGAGUUUUGAAUUGCAAUACCGGGUCAGAUUUUUAACAGCGUGGGGGCUCAGCUCCUGAAUCUAUGAGAACUAGGCAUCUAAAAACUUACAAACAUCUAUUUUGUAAAAUGCAGUAAAAAUGGUAGCUCCCUGUCUACAGCAUAUGCAGUUAGCUUGAUGAGCUCUCCAUCACACAGGGUUUAUUAAGGAUAAAACAGUGUUGUAGAAUGUUUGUAGAGCGCGUAGACUGCUUCAGUAUCUGUUGGGCAUUUGGGGUUUCAUGUUCUUGUUGCUGCUUGAAGUUAAAUCUUAAUCCAGCUGGGGACUGGCCAGGCGUAGAUUUCCUUGGCGUACUGGAGACGCUGGAGCGUGCUCCCCCCCCACCAAACAUGCCAGUGUGCCUAUGUAUCAUGUAAUGUCUCAUCCUCCUCAUUCAGGCUGAUGCUGUCUCUGCCCCUUGUGUAAGCCCUUACUUCUUUUGGAGGAUUUUUGCUCGUUACACCAGUCCCAUAUCAGCUGUGCAUCUUUCCAUGGGGGUCCUCUGUAGUGCAGGUCCACAGGGGAGCUCAAAGGCUUCCCCUGUGCUAACCAUGAACUGAAACACAGGAAGAAAUGAGUUCGUUGUAAAAUAUCUUUUCACGCUAAGACUAUAAUCUUUUGCAGAGAAUGAACUUAAUAUCCCUAAAGCACGUCUAAAGAAAAGAUAAGUGGAAGAACACUUUUAGCUUUGAAGCAAAAUAAUAUGGCACUUGAAAUGUGAGCUCUACAUUUGCUAGCUUUGGAGGAAGUAUGUACGCAGAUACUGUGCGUGAAGAGAUCAUGCAACGUACCAAACAGGUGGGACUUCAAAACUGAAAAAGCCUGGAAGAUUCAAACAAAUGUUAUUUGUACAAAUGGAAGGACAAGCUGGAGCAUUCAGAGCGGUUGUACAGUGGCUUGGACAAAAAGAAGGAUCACAGGCUAGAUAAACCAUGCUUUGGGGAUACCCUUCCUAUCCCCAAACUGCAUCCUCAUUUUCUGCAAAAUCAUAGAAAUACAGAGGAAACACAGCUCUCGUUAGUAAGAAGGGACAAAAAUGAUCAUAAGUACUUUAUACAGACACAUGGACGGUCACUUGUUACAGUGUUAGCCAGACAGCAACAAGGGUACUAGAGGGAAGUCUGGUCAAACAGUCCUAGAACUGUAUCAUUGAUUUUAGUGCAGUGGGAAUUUACCUACGGAGUCCACUAAACCAGAAUAUUAGGACAGGCCCAAGAUGAUGAGAUUACCCUGGGCUUGUGAAAGCUACACCCUGCAUAAACAUGUAUUUGGUCCUCCAGUAGAAGCAGUAUUUUGGAUUUGGAAGCACAAGAGAGAAAAGUCAUCCCUCAUCUCCUCACCGUCUCUAGCCCUAGCAAGGAAUGUGGAAGCUCAGGGAGGCAAAGGGUGUACGGGCACAUCAUGGUCGUGCCUAUAAUUAAGAAGAGACAGGGUCUCUUCUCUGCUGGUGAAUGCGUUUGUUGUGGCGUGGUUUGUAGCCAUAUUGCAGAAGUCUGCUCAAAAAUACCAACCCAGAAUAGUCUUGCCUGUAUCGCUUAUUGGGAAUGAUCUCUGCUGUCCCCAACUCGCUGGCUAUUGCCUGGGAGAGCGCUUUUUGGCAUGGGACUGAAACAGUGCUGGGCAUUGCCUGAGCCUGUGCUCUGGCCCAGUUUAGUUUAGGCGGAAAGAUGCCAACCCAGUUUUCCUAACUCUUUUAGAAAGUAAAAGCUAAUUUCAUGGCGCUGGGAUGUUUUUAACUUGGUGUUGUGGUGGAAUCAUUUUACCUAACUGCAGCUGUCUGGAAAACAUCUAGUCUAAGGAGAGAGGAGCGUCUGGAGAGUGAGUCAAGCAAUCUCCACUGAACGCCUGUUUCGAAUGUCAAGAGUCACCUUCUGGAGCAGCUACCGCGCUCUGAGCAACUACCUGGGCCUGGCGCGGUUGCAGUUAAGGCCCAGCCACUGUAAGCGAGAGCUGUGGACGAUGGAAGCAGGUCCUAAACACCACUGCCCACACACAGAGGACAGGACAGCCAGGCUUGUGUUUCUGUAGUAUUUUGAGUUGUCGUUUCUACUUGUAGAAAACUUUUUCUAGAAUUCCAGAAUUGAUAUGCAUGCUUUAUAUCAGAAUUUGCUUGCAGCUUUCUUGACAAGAACAUUUCAAAAUGUACUGCUGGGGAAAAUUUCACUGGACACAUUUAUCCCAGUGGAAGGGACUUCAGUGCAGAGGAGGCCCGCAAAGCUGACUCGGAAUACAGCAAAACACACAACAAGAGUAAUGGGUGGAUGGCGAAAGUAUGUCUCUACGGGAGCAUGGACUUGGGCACAAAUAGCAAGGUACGCUUAUUUAUUAAAUAGCACUAGGAAAAGACUAAUAACCAAAUAUUCUUAAUGGUUGCGUGUUUAUUGCCAGGUGAUCAUUCGAUAACCCUCAUGUAGCUUUACAGCAGAAAGAAAACCCUGACAGAGUGACCAGGAUAAUGACACAUUUUCUCUCAAAACAGAAAUUCCCUCAUGCUGGAGGGAGUCUAAGUUGUAAGAGACCUAUAGGGAAGGAGUUACAAGUGCCUAUCACAGCCAGACCAAACACGGGGUUAGCAUGACUUCUUUAUAGCACUUACUAGACUCACCCACUGUAUUGGGCUAUUUUUAUAUAUGGAUCACUGUCAACAGUUUCACUGUGGUUUUGCUGAAGAGGAAUAAAGACCAAACAGUCAUCCCCAGGAGUACCGUGCUCCAAGAAGAGUGGGACCUGCUAGUACCGUGCCAAAAUGCACCUCUAUCACCACAUAAUGUCCCUCAAGUGAGAAAUCUGUUUUUGUAUGUGUUCAUAUUGCUUUUUUGGUACUUGUAAUGAUUUGUA